AUGAAUAAACUUACAGAUCUAAAAGCUUUUGAAUCUGAUAUAAAUUACAAUACUGAUACCGAACUUAUUCACAAAUUUAUUGUUUUUUUUAAUGAAAAUAAUGAACACACAUAUUUGGAACAGAUUCGUGAGCACAAACAGUGUAUAAAAGUAAAUUUAGACGAUCUUUCUAUUUUUGAUGAAACUGGUAUUGUAGAGAGAAUUGAAAUGAAUGCAUUCUCUUAUUUAAAUUUAUUUUACAAAGUUAUUGAUAACAUUUUAUUCACAGAAGGUGAUUAUUUAAUUGGAGAUAAUGACGAAGAUGUAUUUUUUUAUCACCGAAUAUCUAGAUUUAAAGAAAAGUUUCCUGAUAAACAGGUUACUGACUUUUUACCGUCAUUUUUACUUAGAAACUAUUUUUUAAAUUUGAUACCUAGAACACAUUCUAAAAUUAUGACUGUCCGACAGAUAAAAUCAGAGAAUAUUGGUUCUUUAAUAAAAGUAAGUGGUGUUGUUACUAAAAUUAGUCAAGUUAAACCAAGUAUAAAAGUUGCUACAUAUAUUUGCGAGAGUUGUGGUUCUGAAAUAUUUCAACAAAUAGAAGGAGAUGUUUUUGAUUUGUUAGAAGAGUGUUCUAGUGAUAAAUGUCGAAUUAAGAAAGUUAAAGGGACUUUAAUUUUAGUGACAAGAGGAAGUAAAUUUUUGAAAUUUCAAAGUCUAGUGAUACAAGAAUUGACGGGAGAUGUUCCUCAUGGAUGCAUACCUAGGAUGAUAAAAAUUGAGUGUUAUGGAACAACAACUGAAAAAUGUUUACCAGGAGAUGUUGUUGUCGUUGGAGGAAUUUUUAUGCCUAAGCCUUAUUAUGGACUAAAAAAACUCAAGGCUGGUUUACUUACUGAUACAUAUAUUCUAGCUACAGAUAUCCAAACAACCAAAAUGGAAUUUAAUAAAGACAUCAGUAACAUUGUUAACUUUCAAAUAAAUCACCUUGUAAAAAGCAUUGCUCCCGAAAUUUUUGGGAUGGAGGAUGUUAAAAAAAUUUUAUUGUUAAUGAUGGUGGGAGCGCAAACUAAAACGAAAAAAGAUGGUAUGAAAAUACGUGGAGAUAUAAAUGUUUUGUUGUUGGGAGAUCCUGGAAUUGCAAAAAGUCAGUUAUUAAAAACAGUCGUAAAAAUUAGUAAACGGGGUAUUUAUACGACUGGACGUGGAUCGAGUGGUGUAGGAUUGACAGCCUCUGUUGCUAAAGAUCCUAUUACUAAUGAAGUUAUACUUGAAGGAGGUGCUUUAGUUUUGUCAGACAUGGGUAUCUGUUGUAUUGAUGAAUUAGAUAAAAUGGGAGAAUACGACAGAAUUAGUAUUCAUGAAGUUAUGGAACAACAGAGUGUUUCUAUUAGCAAGGCGGGUAUUAAUACGACUUUAAAUGCUAGGUGUUCAAUAUUGGGAGCGGCCAACCCCAUAAAAGGAAAAUACGAUCCACGGUAUAGCGUAGAAUAUAAUGUUGGUUUACCUUGUUCUUUACUUUCUAGAUUUGAUAUUUUAGUUGUGCUAAAAGAUGAUGCAGACUUAGAAAAAGAUGAAGCUUUAGCCGAACAUGUAACUUCUUUACAUUUCAAUGAUGAAGAAUCUACAAGUAUUAAUUACCGAGACAUAAGAGAAUUUAUUGAAAAAGCCAAAACAUUUAAUCCUUGUAUUCCCUCAAAUUUAUCGAAAAGAUUUCUCGAUGCGUACAUUUUGGCGCGAAAAGAAAAUGAUUUUGUAACACCAAGGUAUUUACUAUCCCUUAUAAGGCUUUCAUUAGCACAUGCAAGAUGUAGGUUGUCUGAUCAGGUUAAUGACUAUGAUGUUGAUGAAACAUUACGAUUAAUGGAAGUUACUAAAAUACCUACACAAACUAAAAAAGCAGAAAAUGUACCGAUUAAACGAAAGAUCUAUUUAAUUAUCAUGUCUCUGAUUUACAAAGAGGAAGACAAUAAGAAAUAUGUAAAAUUAGAUGAUUUAUGGAGAGCAACAGAUGGGUUUUACACUAAAAGUGAAGUAGAAGACGUCAUAGCAGAUUUUCAGAGCUGUGGUAUAUGGAUGCGAAAUAAUGAUGAGAUUAUUAUUUUUGAUUAA